AUGCAGUCUAUGGCUUCUGAUAUGUUGAACAAAUUUGAGAAAUAUUGGGGGGAGCCUAACAUGCUGAUUUCAAUUGCUGCUAUUAUGGACCCAAGAAACAAGUUUAAGAUGCUUGAAGUGUAUUUUCCUGAUAUUUACAAUGGAGCUGAAGCUGUAAAGGGGCAGAUUGCACUAGUUCGCGACAAGCUUUACCAACUCUUUCAUGAGUAUGUUGAAGAAUACAAAGAGAAGAACAUGGGGAACUCAAUUGAAGAUGAAAGUGGCACACUUCCCUCUUCUACUUCUGUUAUGUCUUCUACUUCAAGUGGCACCGGGAUGAAGAGAACGGGAAGGGCAAUGUUUGACUCACUUAUUCGAAAUGUUGAUUGUGUUACUACAACAUUAAAAUCUGAGUUGGAUAUUUAUUUGGAGGAUGGUCUUUACAUUGAUCCGGAUGAUUGCGACCUUAAUGUUAUUGAGUGGUGGAAGGAGCAACGUAUGAGGUAUAAGGUCUUGCCAAGGAUGGCUUGUGAUGUUUUGGCAAUUCCUAUAACCUCGGUUGCCUCGGAAGCUGCUUUUAGUGCCGGGGUAAGAGUGAUUGAUCCAAAUCGUGCAUCAUUGGGGAAAAAAACUGUUCAAGCUCUACUUUGUUCUCAAGAUUGGUUAAGAAACUAUUAUGGUUUGAAAAAGAAUGUUAAGGCUCUGACCAAGAAAGAGGAAGUUGUUGAAGUUGACUUGUCUUAA